AUGCCCGGUCUCCUGUGCGCCUCUCGGCGCCUGCGCCGGCGCUGUGCGCCUCUCUGCGCCUUUUCUCACCGUGGGGCAGCAUGUGGGGGCCUCUUGAGGGACCCCCUAGAUGCUUCUACUCAAAGCCCCCAAAGCCAAGGAGCCUCCACUCCUCCGUCUGCAGCCUCCCCUGCCGGUUCUCGCUACACAGGGUUCAGUGGCCUGGGGGCUGACGGAGGAGGUCGCGUCUGCCAAGGCCCCUCCCGGCGCCUCCCUGGCUCAUCCAGCCCACCUCCCUCCGACGCUGGCUCAGGCAAAGUGCUCUGGUCACCAGGAGACCUUCCUGACCAGCCCCGGCCCCUUCUUGGCCUUCGCCCCACCUGGCCUCCCCUGGAGCCCUGGCCUGGGUGCCGGGCCUGCUGGGUCCAGAGCCCACCCCGCCCUGAACAACCCCGAGCCUCAGCCACCCUCAGUUCUUACGCUUUCAGAGCUGGGGAGUGGAGCCUGGGCCUGAGAUCCGUGCGCCUCUCUGCACCGGCGCGGGGCGCCUCUCCGCCGCUGUCCGCCUCUACGCCGCGCUGGCGCCGGCGCUGUGUGCCUUUGCGAGGGCGGAGCUGCGUUCUCAGCACAGAGCCGGAGAGCAUCGCGAGGGCGGAGCUGAGUUCUCCUCUGCACAGACUUCGGAGAUACAGCGAAGGCAGAGCAGUGUUCUCCUCAGCACAGACCCGGGCGGGCGGGCCGGUGUCACCGCGAGGGCGGAGCUGCGUUCUGCUCAGCACAGACCUUGGGGGCACUGCCUCGCUUUGGGACAACUCGGGGCCGCAUCGACGGUGAAUAAAAUCCUUCCUGUUUGCACCCCUGUUUGCGGUUGGUGGCAGCGAUGGACACUGCGGCCAGCCAGAGCAUAGAAAGGCGUGGGUCGAAGAAGAUGGACACGGAGACAGCAGCGUGGUCAGAGUGGUAGGAGCCGCCCAUCGGCGAGAGCUGCUCUGUGCCUGGCUGCUGGGUGCUGGAGCCUGUGGCCCACUGGCUUGCCUCACUGUGGUUGGUGGUGGCGGUGACAGAGACUGCAGCACGACCAGAGUGGCUUUUCUGGCUUUGCCCACCCAGCUGCUCUGUGCCAGGAGGAGGAGGAGACACCUAGAGCCUGCGACACCACGGCUCACCUCGCUGUGGGUGGGUGGCAGCAACAGAGAGUGCAGUGCGCUGGAGCGGUAGGAGAGUGGCCGCACUAGGAGGGCAGGCGGCUGCAGCCAUGGUUAGGGGUCAGGUUUACAGCGAUGGACGGGCUGCAGCAGUGGCCAGGUGGUAGGAGCCUUGUAGGGAGGGCUGGUGCAUUGGCAAUGGGCCUGGCUUUUCCCUGCCCCUGCCGUGGAUCUGGCCCUGUACUGCCCUGCCUUGCCCUGUACCUGCCCUACUGUUAUCUGGACUGUCUCGGCCCUGUCCUGCUCUGGUCCCAUCCUGACCCUGUCUUGGUCCUGUGCUACCCUGUCCCUGCCCUGCUCUUGCCCUGGCGCUGGCCCUGCCCUGAACCUGCACUGGCCUGACCUUGGCUCUGGCCCUGCCCCUUGUCCUGACCCUGGUUCUGUCAUGGCACUGACCCUGCCAAUGGUCAUGGUCCUGCUCCUGUUCUGGCCCUGACCUGGCCUUGGACAUGUCCUGGCCCUGCUUUGGCCCAUCCCUGCCCUGACACCACCAUGGGCCUGCCUGUGCUGCCCUCUCCUGGCACUGACCUUGUGCUGUCAUGGCCCAGUGGUGCCAUUGCCCUGCCUUACCCUGCGCUGGUUGUGCCUUGGCCCCGCUUGGUGCUGGCCGCUCCCUGGGCCUGCCCUGACGCUGCCUUGGCUUUUGCCCUGCCCUCACUAUGGCCUGGCCCUGGCCCUAGCCCUGGUCCUGCCAUAUCCCUGGUCCUGCCUUUAUCCAGGCCCUGCCCCUGCUGCUGCCCUGGCCCUGGCCUGGAACCUGGUCCUGUCAAGGACCUGCCCUGACUCUGCCAUGGCCCUGGCCCUGCUCUGCCUUGUUCCUGGCCCUGACCCAGGCCCAGACCCUUUCGUGGCUCUGCACUGGCCUUUCCCUGGCCCUGAGCUGGCAGUGGUCUGCCCCUGGUCUUGCCAUCACCCUGCCCUGCUGUGCUCUGGAUGUGUCAUCACCCUGCCCUGGCCCUACUCUGCCUUUGACCCUGCCCUGGCCUUACCUUGGCCCUCACCCUAGUCUUUGCUAGGCCCUGCUCUGGAGCUGACCCUAGCACAGACCUAGCCCUGACCCUGGCCCUGGUCUUUGCCCUGCCAUAGCCCUGGCCCUGAAGUGGACGUGGAGGUGUCCUGGCCCGGGCGUAACAUGGCUCUGCAUUGGCCUGUCCCUGCCCUGCCCCUACCAUUGCCUUGCCCUGCUCUGCCCUAUCCCAGUACUGACCUGGCCAUGCUAUUUCCCUGCCCUACCCUGCCUUGGCUGUGCCCUGGCUUGGUUCUGGCCCUGGCCCCAGCCCCGGCCCUGCCCUGGACAUGCUCUGACACUGCCUGAGCCUUGGCACUAGCCUGGCUCUUUCUUGGCAUCAGCCCUUCUCUCUCUGUAGACCGGCUCUUGUCCUGUCCUGCACUGGCCAUACCAUGCCCUGCCCUGCCCUGGCCUGACUCAGCCCUGACUCAGCCCUGGCCUGACUCAGCCCUGACUCAGCCCUGGCCCAGCCUUGGCCUUGGCAUUGCCCCUGGUCCUGCGAUAUUUCUUGCCCUGUCCCUACCUUGGCCUUGGCCCUGACCCUUACCUUGCUCUGGCCCUGCCCUUGCCCUAACACAGCCCCUGGACCUGUCCUGGCCCUGGCCCUUCCCUGCUUGAGACCUUGCCCUGGUUCUCCCCUGGCCCUGACCCUGAAAUGCCUGGCCCUUCCCUGGCCUUGCACUGCUCUGGCCCUUGCCCUGACUCUGGUCCUGUCACUGGCCUAGCCCCAGCCCUGUUGCUGGUCUUACCAUGGCCCAGACCCUGCCUUGGCCCUGCCCUGACCCUGUCCUGGACCCCGGCUGUGCCAAGAACCUGCACUGUCCUUGCCCUUGUUUUGCUCCUGCCCCGAACCUGGUCCUGCCCAGGCCAUGGCCAUGGCCCUGGCCCUGGCCCUGGCCCUGCCCUGGCUCUGCCCUGGCUGUUCCCUGGCCCUGCCCAGGUCUUGGCACUGGCCUGGCCCUGACCUGCCUUGGUCCUAUGCUUUCCUGGCCCUGCCUUGCCGGCCCUGGCCCUGCCUUGGCCCUAGCCUGGCUUUGACCCUGCCCUGGCCCUACCUUGGCCUUCACCCUAGCCUUACCUGGGCACUGUGUUGGACUUGGCCAUAGCACAGACCUGGUUGUGGCCCUGGUCCUGCCAUGGCCCUGUCCCAGACCCCCUAGCCCUGCCAGGUACUUGUCCUGGCCCUGCUCUGGGCCUGGCUUUGUCCCUGGUUCUUAGAUGACCCUGGCCCUGCCCCUGCCCUUGCCCUUGCCCUGGCACUGGCCUUGGAGAUGUCCAUGUUCCUAAUCCUGGCCCUGCCCUGGAGCUGCCACUGUCUUGGCCCUGCCCUGGCUCUGGCCCUGCCCUGACCCUGGCCCUGAAGUGGAUUUGCAGGUGUCUUGUCCCUGAUUUAACUUGGCCCUACCAUGGCCCUGUCCCUCCCCGGCUCUGUCCUGGUCUUGUGCUGACCCUGACCCAGACCUUGUCCCUGCCCCAGCCUUGUCCUAGACCUGGCCAUGGCCCUGCCUCUGCCCUGGACCGGUGCUGGCACUGGCAUGGACCCUGGCCCUGGCCCUUAGCUACUUAAGGCCAUACCCUGGCCCAGCCCUGGUCCUGACCCUGUCCUGGCCCUAAUUUGGCCUGGCUCUACCCUGGCAUGCUAUUCUGGCCCUAGCCCUGACCCUGUUCCUGUCCCUGUCCUGGCCCUAGCCCCAUUGCUGGUCCUGCCAUGGCCCUUGUCCUGACAUUGCCCCUUCCUGGUCCUGGCCCUGGCCCUGUCCCAGCCCUGCUCUGGCCCUGGUCUGAACCCUGGCCCUGCAAUGAACCUGCCUUGGUCCUCCCCAGACCCUGGCUCUGGCCCUACCUCUGCCCUGGCCACACACUUCCCCUGGCCUGGACCCCGGUCCUGGUCCUUGUCCUGCCCCAGCCGUGGCCCUGGCCCUGCCCUGCCUGUGCCCUGUUCUAUCCUGGGCUGGCCCUGCCAUAGCCUGGUCUUGCCAUUGCCCUGCCCUAGCCUGCCCUGCUUGUUUCCCUAGAUCUGCCCCGGCCUUUGCCCCUGUCUUGGUUCUAGCCUUGACUCAGCCCUGGAACUUCCCUGACCUUGCCUCAGCCCUGGCACUACCCUGGCCUUGCCUUGGCACUUGCCCUGCUCUCUGUAUGGCCUGGCUCUGGCCCUGCCCUGCUCUGCUCUUGUUCUGUCCUGGCACAGCCCUGGCCCUGCCGUAUCACUGGCUCUGGUCCUGCCCUUACACAGGCCUGACCCUGCCCCUGCCUUGGCUUUGGCCUGGACCUUGGCCAUACAGUUACCCUGCCAUGACCCUUUCCUGGCCCUGCCAAGGACUCGCCCUGGCUCUGUCAUGGCCCUGACCCUUUCCUGGAUUUGGAUGUGUCCUGUCCCUUAUUUGCCCUGGCCCUUCCCUGGCUCUGCCAUACCCCUUCUCUAGGGUAGGACCAGGGUCAGGACCAGACCAGGGCAGGGUCAGGACCAGGGUAGGGCCAUGGUAAGGCCUGAAGUUGGGAAGGGCCAGGGCAGCGGCAGGACCAGGGAAGGGUCAGGGCCAGGGAUGUGUUAGGACUUGGGGCAGAGCCGGCACUAGGGCUGAGCCAGGGCCGAGCAGGAGAGAUUACAUUAGGCUAUUAUGUAAAAUUUUUAUUUUAGAUAUUUUAGAUAACUGUAGUAGUAGUAAUAAUGUCUAUACUAUGUUGUUUGUAAUAGUAAUAAUAUUUGCAGUAAAUAAUCACUAAAUUU